GCCAUGACGAUUUUAUGAAAUUCAGUAAUAAAUCGUGCAGAAAACGUGAUAAUUUUAAAGGCGAAAAAAUCACUCCAUCAAUUUGGAACAUCGACGAGCGAGUUCGUACCCCAAGCAUUUAAAUCGUAUCCCUCCCAAAGUAUGUCUAAUACCAAGGAGACCAAAUAUGUUACCGAAGUACCAAGUAGUCUCAAGCAAUUGGCCCGUCUCGUCGUGCGCGGCUUUUAUUCCAUUGAAGAUGCUCUCAUAAUUGAUAUGUUGGUGCGUAAUCCUUGUAUGAAAGAGGAUGACAUUGCAGAGCUAUUACGUUUCGAAAAGAAGCAAAUGCGUGCGCGUAUAUCGACGUUACGAAAUGACAAAUUCAUACAGAUACGUUUGAAAAUGGAAACAGGACCUGAUGGCAAAGCGCAGAAGGUCAACUACUACUUCAUUAAUUAUAAGACUUUUGUAAAUGUUGUUAAAUAUAAAUUGGAUCUUAUGCGUAAGCGUAUGGAGACGGAGGAGCGUGACGCAACGAGUCGCGCCAGCUUCAAGUGCACAAACUGCGAUAAGACAUUCACAGAUCUCGAAGCCGAUCAAUUAUUCGAUUUUAACACCGGCGAAUUUCGUUGUACCUACUGCGGUAGUCCUGUGGAAGAGGAUAGUUCUGCGAUGCCAAAAAAAGAUUCACGCUUAAUGUUGGCACGAUUUAACGAGCAACUACAACCGUUAUACGAUUUAUUACGCGAAGUUGAAGGCAUUAAGCUGGCGCCAGAAAUACUGGAACCUGAACCUGUGGAUAUCGAUACGAUACGAGGCAUUAACAAACCACAAGCGCAACGGCUAGAUGGUCAACAAUGGUCUGGUGAGGCGACACGUAAUCAAGGUUUUGCAGUUGAAGAGGCUCGUGUUGAUGUUAGCAUUGGCGGUGAAAUACAAGAGACUGCCACCGAACGUAAAGCACGUCCAGUCUGGAUGACCGAAAGUACCGUUAUAACGGAGGACAAUCAUGAUGCCACCGAUGCCAUUUUAAAUGAAGCGGCGCAAUCAUCAACACAAUCGUCAAUAAGUGUAGGCGGCCCAACAAAUAAUCGCAGCAAAAAGGAAAAUGAAGAUAUUAUGUCGGUACUGCUGCAGCAUGAAAAGCAAACCAAUCAGAAGGAUGCACAAACAAAAGCACUGAAAUAUGGUUCGUCAAAUGCAGAUUCAAGCGAUUCAAGUGACGACGAUAAGGAUAUCGACAAUACGAAAAUACCCAAUGUUGAUUUCAACAACUAUAUUAAUUCUGAAUCAGAAGAUGAUGACGAUGAUGCUCCUACUGUGCAUGUAGCCGGAAGACCCCAUCCUAUUGAUCAAAUUAAUGACGAACUUAUCGCUCAGAUGACACAGCAGGAGAAAGAAAACUAUAUACACGUUUAUCAAACCCAUUAUAGCCAUAUAUAUGAUUAAAGCAAUGGUUGAGAGUGGCAUAAACAUGUGCUGUAAAUUUUGAAUUAUAUUUUUUACUAGUUCAAUCUUAUUUCAAUUAUACUGCAAUUUAUUUAAUUUUGUUUGAAUUCGCUGUUGAAGUUCGUAGCAUUUCGGUUUAUAAUAUUGGUAUUGAAACAUUGCAAAUCAAUUAAAAAUUGAUAAUGACAUAGAAA